AUGCUGCUGCGGCGGCCCAAUGGCCUUGGCCUCCCACUCCUGCUGCUCCUCCUGCUGGUUGUGUGCAUCUGCAUCUGGCCCGCCUCGGCGGCCCGAGAUCGCUAUGCCCGUCAGAAUAAUCGGCAUCGGAAUCAGGAUAUAGAACGUGAUCGGGAUCGAUUCCUGUAUCGCAGCACUUCGGCGAGGGAUCGGCAACGAGGUGUCACCAAUUUUGCACCCGUGGGCACCACUGUGGGUGCAGCGGGUCAGGAGGAGCCAAAGAGCGAGUUUGUCAAGGGAAAAAUCUGCAUUGGCACCAAAUCCCGUCUGUCUGUGCCCUCGAACAAGGAGCAUCACUACAGGAAUCUCAAGGAUCGCUACACCAACUGCACCUACGUGGAUGGUAACCUAGAGCUGACCUGGCUGCCCAAUGAGACUCUAGACCUGAGCUUCCUGGAUCACAUCCGAGAGGUGACCGGCUACAUUCUGAUCAGUCAUGUGGAUGUCAAGAAAGUGGUAUUUCCAAAACUACAAAUCAUUCGCGGCCGCACGCUGUUCAGCCUGUCGGUGGAGGAGGACAAGUACGCCUUGUUCGUCACCUACUCGAAGAUGUACACCAUGGAGAUGCCCGAUCUUCGCGAUGUGCUCAAUGGCCAGGUGGGCUUCCACAGCAACUACAAUCUGUGCCACAUGCGUACCAUCCAGUGGUCGGAGAUUGUGUCCAACAACACGGAUGCUUACUACAACUAUGGCAACUUUACGGCUCCGGAGCGUGAGUGUCCCAAGUGCCACGAGUCCUGCUCGAAGGGAUGCUGGGGCGAGGGACCGCAGAACUGCCAGAAGUUCAGCAAACUCUCCUGCUCGCCGCAAUGCGCCCAGGGUAGAUGUUAUGGACCCAGGCCUAGGGAGUGCUGCCACCUGUUCUGCGCUGGAGGAUGCACGGGACCCACGCAGAAGGAUUGCAUCGCCUGCAAGAACUUCUUUGACGAUGGCGUCUGCAAGGAGGAGUGCCCGCCAAUGCGCAAAUACAAUCCCACCACAUACGUGCUGGAGGCAAAUCCGGAGGGAAAGUAUGCUUACGGAGCCACCUGUGUCAAGUCCUGCCCCAGUCACUUGCUCCGGGAUAAUGGAGCCUGUGUGCGCAGCUGUCCCCAGGACAAGACCUCCAAGGAUGGCGAGUGUGUGCCCUGCAACGGACCCUGUCCCAAGACCUGUCCCGGCAUCAGUGUGCUCCACUCGAACAACAUUGACUCCUUCAGAAACUGCACGGUGAUCGAUGGCAAUAUACGUAUUUUGGAUCAGACCUUCUCGGGCUUCCAGGACAUUUAUCCUAAUUACACACUGGGAGCAAGGUAUAUUCCGCUGGACCCCGAGCGACUAGAGGUAUUCUCUACGGUGAAGGAGAUCACCGGUUAUCUGAACAUCGAGGGAACUCAUCCGCGCUUCAGGAAUUUGUCCUACUUCCGCAACCUGGAGAUCAUUCACGGCCGCCAGUUGAUGGAGAACAUGUUCGCCGCCCUCUCCAUUGUCAAGUCCUCGCUGUACAGUCUGGAGCUGCGCAGCCUCAAGCUGAUCAGCUCUGGCAGUGUGGUGAUCCAGCAUAAUAGGGAUCUGUGCUACGUGGGCAAUAUCCGAUGGUCAACGAUUCAAAAGGAUGACGACCAAAAGGCGUGGGUCAACGAGAACCUGAGAGCGGAUCUGUGUGAGAAAAACGCCACCAUUUGCUCGGACGAGUGCAACGAUGAUGGUUGCUGGGGUGCUGGACCGGAUCAGUGCUUGAACUGCAAGAACUAUAAUUACAAUGGCACCUGCCUGGCCGACUGUCGGAAUAUUCCCAAUGUCUAUCCCUUUGAUGACAAGACUUGUAGCACUUGUCACCCGGAAUGCAAAUCCUGCUGGGGACCCGGAGCGGAACACUGCGAUGCCUGUGUCCACGAGCGGCACGAGCAGCACUGCGUGGCCGAGUGCCCGGAGAACUGGUACAGCCAGAAUGGAACCUGUUAUCGUUGCCACGCCACCUGCGAGGGCUGCACGGGACCCAAUAACACCAUCGGACUGGGGGCUUGCAAUACCUGCAACCUGGCUAUCAUCAACAAUUCAGCCAAUGUGGAACGCUGCCUGCUGAAGGACGACAAGUGCCCCGACGGCUACUACUGGGAGUAUGUGCAUCCGCAGGAGCAGGGCUCACUGAAGCCUCUGGCUGGGAAGGCUGUCUGCCGGAAGUGUCAUCCACGCUGCAAACUCUGCACCAACUAUGGCUUCCACGAGCAGGUCUGCUCCAAGUGCGCCAAGUUCAAGCGGCUGGAGCAGUGCGAGGAUGAGUGCCCGGCAGAUCACUACACGGACUUGGAGCGCAGCGAGUGCUUCGAGUGCCAUCCGGAGUGCAAGGGCUGCACGGGACCCGGCGCCGACGACUGUCUGGCCUGCAAGACCCUCAAGCUGUUCGAUGUCAAUGAGACGGGUCCGUAUGACAACUCCACGCUCUUCAACUGCACCUCCAAGUGUCCGCCGGAGUCGCGGCACGUCAACUACCAGUCACUGGCCAUUGGACCCUAUUGCUCCUCCAGUCCGCCGAGGAGCAGCAAGCUUACCGCCAACCUGGACGUCAACAUGAUCUUCAUUAUCACCGGCGCCGUGCUCAUUCCCACUAUCUGCAUCCUGUGCGUCGUCACCUAUAUCUGUCGACAGAAGCAGAAGGCCAAGAAGGAGACCGUCAAGAUGACCAUGGCUCUGUCCGGCUGCGAGGAUUCUGAGCCACUGCGUCCCUCGAACAUCGGUGCCAAUCUCUGCAAGCUGCGUAUUGUCAAGGAUGCCGAGCUUCGCAAGGGCGGAGUCCUGGGAAUGGGCGCCUUCGGUCGCGUAUACAAAGGAGUCUGGGUCCCGGAAGGCGAGAAUGUCAAGAUCCCGGUGGCCAUCAAGGAGCUGCUAAAGUCCACGGGUGCCGAGUCCAGUGAGGAGUUCCUGCGCGAGGCCUACAUAAUGGCCUCUGUGGAGCAUGGCAAUCUGCUGAAACUUCUGGCCGUGUGCAUGUCCUCGCAGAUGAUGCUGAUCACCCAACUGAUGCCGCUGGGCUGUCUGCUGGAUUACGUCAGGAAUAACAGGGACAAGAUCGGCUCCAAGGCCCUGCUCAACUGGAGCACUCAGAUUGCCAAGGGCAUGUCCUAUCUGGAGGAGAAGCGUCUGGUUCACCGUGACCUGGCUGCCCGCAAUGUCCUUGUGCAGACACCCUCGCUGGUCAAGAUCACCGACUUUGGCCUGGCCAAGUUGCUGAGCAGUGACUCCAACGAGUACAAGGCAGCCGGCGGCAAGAUGCCCAUCAAGUGGCUCGCCCUGGAGUGCAUUCGGAAUCGGGUCUUCACCAGCAAGUCAGACGUGUGGGCCUUCGGUGUGACCAUCUGGGAACUGCUGACCUUUGGCCAGAGACCCCACGAAAACAUUCCCGCCAAGGAUAUACCCGAUCUCAUUGAGGUGGGUCUAAAACUGGAGCAACCGGAGAUCUGCUCGCUGGAUAUCUACUGCACCCUGCUCUCCUGCUGGCAUCUGGAUGCUGCCAUGCGUCCGAGCUUUAAGCACUUGACCACGGUGUUUGCUGAGUUCGCCCGAGAUCCGGGUCGAUAUCUGGCCAUUCCCGGUGACAAGUUCACCCGACUGCCGGCUUACACGAGUCAGGAUGAGAAGGAUUUGAUAAGGAAGCUUGCCCCAACCACCGAUGGCUCGGAGGCCAUGGUCGAAGCGGAUGACUAUUUGCAGCCGAAGGUGCAGCCGGGUCCCAGUCACCGGACAGAUGGCACCGACGAGAUUCCCAAGCUGAACCGAUACUGCAAGGAUCCCAGCAAUAAGAACUCCUCCGGCGGUGACGAUGAGACUGACUCGAGUGCCACACGAGAGGUGGGAGUGGGUAACCUGCGACUGGAUCUGCCAGUGGAUGAGGACGACUACCUGAUGCCCACAUGCCAGCCAGGACCCAAUCACAACAACAAUACCAUCAAUCCCAAUCACAAUAACAUGGCAGCGGCAGCUGCAGCGGCGGCAAUUGGAGCCACCGCUGGCUACAUGGAUCUCAUCGGAGUUCCAGUAAGCGUGGACAAUCCAGAGUAUCUCCUCAAUGCCCAGACACUGGGAGCGACGACGGAACCCAUUACCCAGACCAUUGGCAUACCGGUGCCGGGCAUGGAGGUGAUGGAGGUCAAGGUACCGAUGCCGGGCAGCGAGCCAACCAGCUCCGACCACGAGUACUACAACGACACGCAGCGGGAGCUGCAGCCGCUGCAACGCAACCGGAACACGGAGACGAGGGUGUAGCCUCCAGCAGGAGGAGAUGAAUCUUGCCAAGUGCCUUUUGGAAGCCAUGCGGAGAUGCCGAAGCCUUAGCAGGCUGUUAUCAUAGAUAAGAGCCCCUGAGCCUGUACAUUACUACCGAUAUUAUCCCAAUCUCUAGCGUACUUAGCCAGUUUCCGCGUCUUUGUGUAUACUUUUAUACUGUCAGGGGAGUUGUGAGCCUCUCCUAUAUAUGUCCUAGCCCCCUUUUAGUCCCCUGAGAUGUAGUCAGCAGGAGUGGUCCUGCACUUGUAGAUUCCAUGUAAUUACGAGAACAAAACACCGAUAGUGCAUUUCUUAGACGCCCCCGCAUUGCGCAGAGCCUGGGGAUUGGAUCUCCAGUAGAUCCAGGUCCAGCUGCAAGGGAGGGCGUGCCUAUGUCAUGAAUAUACUUCUUGUACUUGUAGCUUACCCUUAGCCACUAGCCGUAGCGCCUAGUUUCCAACUGUGAUAUAUUUUGUAGGGAUCGACCUAAGGACUCUUAACACGAUGAACAAAUCGAACGACUCGACACACACAUCAACAAAGUACAGAAAAUAGUAGAAAAGGAUUAACUAAUUAUCGAUCUUAUGCAAUUUAGGCCUAGUUUCAAAUCCCAUUCGAUUGAGAGAGCAAAAAACAAAUCAAAUCCCGAGCGUGCCAUGCAUCGAGCGAUGCAAAUCUCCUAAAGAUUUCGAAUAUUUUGUUUGGCACAAUAGCGUUUAAGCGAAUGCCUAGGCGAUAUGUUACUGAUCAAAGAUAUAUAAUUAAUUCACACACACAACAAUUAAUACAUAUAGAAUGUACGAUCUAUGUAAUACUUAUACACGUGUAGAUUUGCCAAGUUAUGCAGUUAAGCAUUAUAUGU